AUGCAACGUACACCUCCGCAAAAGAUAAAGUGUAUGUCAAGCCCAGAUCUGCACCGUGAAAUCGAUUCUAGCAAUAACUUCGUUACUUGUAGAAAGCGCAAAGAAAUGGACGACAAAUCCGAACAUAGUACGAUAUUUUCCAACAAUAUCUUAAACGAAAAAUAUAUAGAAAAAUUAGUGACAAACUCGGUGCGCUCUGUUUUGUCUGCUGAGCUCACCAAAAUAACGGAUGCCUUAACUAACAUCCAAUUGGCCGUAGCCGGGAUAAUUUCAGAUAGUACGGCUUUAAAAAAUUCGUUACUGGAAGUUAACAAUAAGCUUAUAGAUAUCGAUAACACACUAUGUUCCUCUGAGUUACGUCAAGAUUCAUUUGACGCUCGUAUUAAAGGGCUUGAAGAAAAAAUCCAACAGGUUUCGGAGCGGAAUGCUGGUCUGGAAAAUAAGUUAUCAUCAAUGGAACAACAGGCAAGGGGCAAUAAUCUUGAAAUUUCAAAUUUACCUGAAAAAAAAGGCGAAAAUCUUACUAUAAUAACUAAUUUGGGGGUUAUAGUUGACCAAAAGAUUCUUUCGACUGACAUCACCGCAAUUCAUCGAGUUCCUCAUGCUGACCACAAGGAUUCUCGCCCAAAAAAUAUUAUUGUACAAUUUUCAUCAAGAAUUCUUCGUGACAACUUCCUCGCUGCCUGCCGUGUACGUAAGAAUUUAAAUUCAGAGAAGUUAUCAAUCUCUGGACCAUCGCAUACUAUAUAUGUAAAUGAGCAUUUGACAUUAAAAAAUAAGAUUUUAUUUCGUGAAUGUCGAAAUGCAGCUAAAGCUAAUGAAUACAAGUAUGUGUGGGUUAAGCAUGGAACUAUAUUGGUGCGUAAGAAUGAUAGCUCACCAGCUAUGGCAAUUCGAUCUUUCGAUAAUAUUAAAAAGAUUAAAUAG